CCGGUUCUGUUGCCACAGUAGGUUUUUUUUCCAUUAUAGUAAUCGAAGCAGAAGUUAGAAACUUGUUGGAGAAAGCACUUUCAUUCAUUAUGGACUUUUCUCACCCCAGAGAAAGAAAAGCCAGCAGCUAUGGCUUUAUACCAGAUAUAAUAGCUUAUCUUGGAUCUGAUUUAGAGCCAGGAUAUAACAUUCCUUCUGAGACUUCUAAUCUAAAAAACGAAUUUCUUGGAAGCGGGGACACUACAGACCAUCCUAAAGAUUACAGGUUCCUCCCUAAUCAUUUUUAUGUGAAAGAAACAGAGUUUUAGUAAUAUAAGAUUCCUGAUUGAUGCAUUUUCUCAUUAGCCCUCCAAUAGAUUUGUCUGCAGCUAUGAUGCCUACCCCCCUGGAACAAAAGUGGGAUUUGCAGAGUCCAGAUGGUCUGGAAGAAAGGUGAAUGAAGGUGUUAAAUCUGUACUUUGUUUUGAAUCGCUGUGUAACUAAAUGAGGCCUCUAAUAAAUCCAGGGAAAUGAGUUCAGAUGAGGAUGAACUGCAGAGUUUAUUUGUCCAGUCCAAGUACAUCAGCCUUUGUGAGUUUAAAUCCUCUUUUCUAAACUGAAUAAUCUAUGCAACAUUUUUUUUUCCUUUCCCUAACCUUUGUUUUCCGUGCAGUCCCACUGUAUCAGGACUACUUUCUACAGGCUGCCAGAGACAAGAUCCAAAAAAACGACAAUGUCUUUUUGUUUGAGCAGUGGAUGACUGAGUCUGUUCAGAGUGUGUUUUCAUCUUUCCAGCAUAGAAAAAAUUUGGAUGUUUCAUCUCCUUAUCUGACUCCAGAGUCAAUUUCACCCCCUCCAACAUUUCACGCCCGGCGGUCUGCUAUCAGGCGCCAUGCGUUUAAUGGAGUUUCAUCCCCCCGAAAGUCUCCUAAUUCAUCCCCAACUCGGCCUUUUGUUGAACAAGCUUUUGCUUUGAGCCCUGUUAAGCCUCGAGGUUCUUCUGUAGCUACAAGUUCUGAUGAGUUCUCCCCAGCUCAACUUCCCAAUAUUGCCUUGUCGUCUUGCACACUCUGGCAAGACUUGGAAGAGGUGAAAGCAUCUGAUCUGCUCAAAAUCUUGACGCCAAAACAGAUCAUCCUUCAGGAGUCCAUGUUUGAGCUGGUAGCCUCUGAGGGGUCUUAUCUGAAGAGCCUUGGAGUGGUCAUCAAUCAUUUCUAUGCAUCAAAUGAGUUGAAGAAGACUAUAUCCAAAAUGGAGCAUCGUACUUUGUUUUGCAACAUUCGCCAUGUGAUGCAAGCAAAUAUGAGGCGAGUUCCUCAAAUACAACUGCGAUGUUUUAUAUUUAGCCAGCAUCAAUCAUUAUUUUUGACGGCUUGAACUGGUGUUUUUGUUUGUUUGUUUUUUUAAGAUUCUUUCUGGACCUGGAAGCCAGACUGGGAGAAAGCGUGAUGAUAUUUCAAGUUGGAGACAUUGUGCUGCUGCACUGUGGAAACUUUCAGCGGCAAUAUGUGCCAUAUCUGACCAACAUGAUGUUUCAGGAGUCCCUUGUCAACCAACUGCUGCAGGAAAACAAAGACUUUGUGUACGCUCUCAAGAGACUAGAGGAUGACCCAGUCUGUCAGAAACGGAGACUGAAAUCAUUCCUGGUUCUACCAUUCCAAAGAAUAACGCGGAUUAAACUUCUACUAGAGGGCAUCCUGAAACUGACAGAGCCAAACUCUGAAGCAGCUUCAAAUCUUACAAAGGCAAUAAAGGGCAUUCAUGAGAUUUUGGUGGAGUGUGACCAGAAGGUGGAAAAAAUGAAAUCUUUGGAGGAACUCGUCCGCCUGGAAAUGCUGCUGGACUUUGCUGACAUCAAGUCAGUCCCUCUAGUGAAAAGCACACGCGUUCUGAUUCACCAUGGACCCCUGGCCACUUUGGGGAGUUACGGUUCAAAAAUGUCAAUCAACCGCAUCUACCUCCAUCUCUUCAACGACCUCUUGCUGAUCUCCUCAAAAAAGUAUGAGCGGUUCACUGUGUUGGAUUACGCUCUCUUCCCUCAACAUGUGAACGUUGUGCAGAGUAAAGUUGUGGGACUUCCUCCAGAAUCCUUCCUGUUGAUGCUGUCUGAGAGUCAGAUGGGACCUUUGACUACCAUGAUUCUGAUUGCCAAUGGAAGCUUCGAUAAGGAGGAAUGGAUAAAGGCCCUUUCUAAGAAGUAAUGGCUGUUUCUAAAUGAAAAGUUGCAUCUUUUUUGUAUUUUAGAGUUUUAUCCCUCAUUUCAUGUUAAAUUCUUCACACCUGGGUGCACCUAAAUUAUCA